AAAACGCACCUUUUGUAUGACCUCGAGAUCAUCCUUGAACGCAUCGGCGAUACUCGACAUCCAAAGUUUCCUAAACCUCUCCUUCAGCUCCUGUUCUUUCCGCGCAUCUUCCCCUGCAUCGCCAGUUUCUGGCAGAAAAGAGGGUAAAGGAACGGGAUGUGGUGGGACGUCCGGCGAGGGCGAACGUCGAGGUCGUUGAGCAUGUCCAAUAAUCGGUUGUGCUUGGAGUUCUUCUUCUACUUCGGGUUCCACAUUUUUGGGCGUAAAUAAAGCCUUCCGAGCCUCUCUACGACGUGCAGAUUCCGAGUCUUCAGACUCUUCUGAAGACGAUGAAGAUGAGGAGGAUUCAUCUUCGUGCUCCUGAGGUUUCUUCGCUUGAACUGGUACUUUGCGUACAACGGGUCGAUCAGACCCACUCGAAGAGUCAGAAUCCGAGUCUGAAGAAGACGAAGACGAAGCAACAGCUCGUCGUUUGCGUUUUCGUUGUCUUUUUCUCGGCGCAGGAGGUUUCGCUGCAGGCAUGGCUGAAACGGAAAGGAAUUAUGAUUUAUGGGCGCUUAUGCGUUUAGAUCAAGCUGUCCGAAUUUGGAGGGGUGUUUUCUUUCUGCUUUUCGACUUUCACCAUCCAGGUUGGAAGGAUGGAUAAGACAGUUGGAAUUCUAGGUGCGGGUUUCGCGAAUUUGUUAUCUUCAGAAUGCGUUUCUCUAACCAAGUGAUCUACGCCUGUUUUUAUCCGCAGGUGGAGGCCAGCUAGGCCGUAUGCUUGCAGAGUCUGCAUCAUUGCUUAAUAUCGACGUCGUGAUCCUUGACUCUGGAGACUAUACUCCGGCAAAGCAAAUUGUUGUCCCUCGCACCGCUGAGAAAGCCCACAUCGAUGGAUCGUUUACUGACCCUGCUAAAAUCCGUGAACUGGCGAAGAAAGUCGAUGUGUUGACAGUGGAGAUUGAACAUGUCGAUGUUGGCGUACUUGAGGAGAUCGAGUCCAGUGUUCCUCUUGGGAUCCAUCCCAGCCCGUCCACGAUCCGGAUUGUCCAGGACAAGUUCUUGCAAAAACAGCACUUGAAAGCCAGUGGAGUGCCUGUAUCCGAGUUUCUUCCAGUUGAAAGAACUGUAGAGUCCAUUCAAAGCGCCAUUGACAAGCUCGGCCUUCCGCUUAUGCUGAAGAGUCGCACUCUUGCUUACGACGGACGAGGCAAUUUUGUCAUCCAUGACCCUUCUCAAAUCGACCAAGCCCUCAUUGCUCUCAAAGACCGUCCCCUUUAUGCAGAAAAGUGGGUUCCUUUCAUCAAUGAGAUUGCCGUCAUGGUCGUUCGCGAUACCAAAGGUGAAACUACGUCAUACCCUGCCGUAGAAACUGUUCACAAGGAGAACGUUUGUCAUUUGGUAUUUGCUCCCCUAAGGAGUCGCGAUCCUGCGGUACCUCACCGUGCCAAACAAGUUGCGGAGGCCGCCGUGAAGACUUUCCAAGGAGCGGGCAUUUUCGGUGUCGAGAUGUUCCUAAUGCAAGACGGUUCAAUAUAUGUUAACGAAAUUGCCCCAAGGCCACACAACUCCGGUCACUAUACGAUCGAAGGAUGCGAAACAUCUCAAUACGAGAACCACCUCCGCGCCAUCCUUUCUCUCCCUCUCGGCUCCACCGCACUUAAAGUGCCCUCCACUGCGAUGCUUAACGUCCUCGGCGCCUCUUCUAAUCACCAGGAGAUAUUCGACUUUACCAACUUUGCAGUCACGGUCCCUGGCACCACGAUACACUUGUACGGAAAGGCGGAAUGUCGAAAGGGUCGUAAGAUGGGCCAUGUCACCGUCGUUGCACAGAAUGAUGCGGAACUCCGGUCGAGACUUCGUCCUUUACUUGAGCGCAUCCCAGGCGGAAGUUCGAUAGCCGAACUUGACCGCUAUGCUCCCCUCCCUCCCUCCAAAGGGCAUUCACAUCACCAUCCCCUCGUUGGAAUCAUCAUGGGUUCGGACUCCGACCUCCCCAUCAUGCUGCCAGCGGCUCACAUUCUCGACUCUUUCAAUAUUCCUUAUGAACUCACCAUCGUUUCAGCGCACAGAACCCCAGAUCGUCUAGUAGAAUAUUCAAAAAGUGCUGCUAGCCGAGGCUUGAGAGUAGUUAUCGCUGGUGCAGGUGGCGCAGCUCAUCUACCGGGUAUGGUGGCUGCUAUGACUGCUCUGCCAGUGGUGGGUGUCCCGGUAAAAGGAAGUUCAUUGGAUGGAGUUGAUUCGUUGCAUAGUAUUGUGCAAAUGCCACGAGGCAUCCCUGUGGCUACUGUGGCUAUUAACAACGGUACCAAUGCAGGUCUGUUGGCGGUGCGGAUUCUCAGCGCUGGCAUUCCAGACCUGAUUAAUGAUAUGGAGAAAUAUUUGAAGAACCUGGAGACUGAGGUCAUGACGAAGGUUGACCGACUCGAAGAAAUUGGCUGGGAAGCUUACGAAGUCAAAAAAUGAACGGUGAACGUUGUCGCAUGAGGGCGAUCAUUGUACAGAUUGCUAGAGCAGGAUAGUUAGAAUUGGAAAUAUUGUCGAGAUAUUCUGAAGGUAGAUUAGUAAAGCUAUAUUUGAAGAAUUAGAAACUAAGUCUCGUGUUCUUCAUUCUCGGUGCAACUGCUUCCCAUACUUCGAAUCUUGUGACAUACAGUCUCCUAUUUAGUGACACUCAAAAACCUAUUCUAACAUGUCUAGUCCAUCCUAAACUCG